GUGGGGGCGGUGCUGGUCGAAGGGUUUCGAGUUCUGCUGGGUUGCGGGAGGUGAGGCUGGUGGCGGCGACGACGGAGUAGGAGGCGCUGGGGGCACCCGGCGGAGCAGAGAAGCAGGCGGAACAUCAUGGAGGGCGCAGGGGAGCAGUCAGGGCCGCAGCCCUCGCAGCCCCCACAGGCCGGAGACCACCGCAUCUGCGACGGCGACUUCGUGGUGCUGAAACGGGAAGAUGUGUUCAAAGCGGUGCAGGUCCAGCGGAGAAAAAAAGUAACUUUUGAAAAACAGUGGUUCUAUCUGGAUAAUGUCAUUGGCCAUAGUUACGGAACCACCUUUGAAGUGACCAGUGGAGGAAGUCUUCAGCCCAAGAAGAAGAAGGAAGAGCCUACUUCAGAGACUAAAGAAGCGGGUGUUGACAAUCGAAAUAUAAUCGAUGAUGGGAAGUCUCAGAAACUUACUCAAGAUGACAUAAAAGCUUUGAAGGACAAGGGCAUUAAAGGAGAGGAAAUAGUUCAGCAGUUAAUUGAAAAUAGUACAACAUUCCGAGACAAGACAGAAUUUGCUCAAGAUAAAUAUAUAAAAAAGAAGAAAAAGAAAUAUGAAGCUGUUGUUACUGUGGUGAAGCCAUCCACCCGUAUUCUUUCAGUUAUGUAUUAUGCAAGAGAACCUGGAAAAAUUAACCACAUGAGAUACGAUACGCUAGCCCAGAUGUUGACGUUGGGAAAUAUACGAGCUGGCAAUAAAAUGAUCGUGAUGGAGACGUGUGCGGGUUUGGUGCUGGGUGCUGUGAUGGAACGAAUGGGAGGUUUCGGCUCCAUUAUUCAGCUGUAUCCUGGAGGUGGACCUGUUCGGGCAGCAACAGCAUGUUUUGGAUUUCCGAAAUCUUUCCUCAGUGGUCUUUAUGAAUUCCCUCUCAACAAAGUGGACAGUCUUCUAAAUGGGACGUUUUCCUCUGAGAUGUUAUCUUCAGAGCCAAAAGACAGUGCUUCAGUGGAAGAAAGUAAUGGCAUAGUUGAGGAAAAGCAGACUUCUGAACAGGAGAAUGAGGACAGCGUGGCAGAAGCCCCAGAGAGCACCCUCCCAGAAGAACAAGAAACAAUGGAAAUUGUUUCUGAAGAUCCAGACUAUAAGGAACCUAAAGAGAGAGGAAGCAAAAAAGAUUAUAUCCAGGAAAAGCAAAGGAGACAGGAAGAGCAGAGGAAAAGACAUUUAGAGGCUGCAGCUCUGCUGAAUGAGAGAAAUGCAGAUGGUUUAAUUGUAGCGAGUCGGUUCCAUCCUAUUCCACUGCUGAUGUCUUUGCUGAAUUUUGUGGCGCCUUCCAGGCCAUUUGUAGUCUACUGCCAGUAUAAAGAGCCUCUGUUGGAAUGCUACACAAAACUGCGGGAAAGGGGAGGGGUCAUCAACCUCAGGCUAUCUGAAACCUGGCUCAGAAAUUACCAGGUUUUGCCAGAUCGAAGUCAUCCCAAACUGCUGAUGAGCGGAGGUGGGGGGUACCUUCUCUCAGGCUUCACUGUUGCCAUGGACAAUCCCAAGGCAGACACCAGCCUCAAACCCAGCACAAGCACUUUAGACUUGAAGAAGACUGAGGAGCCAGCGGCUAAAAAACGGAAAUGCCCAGAGUCUGACUCAUAACCUUUAACAGAUAGCUUUGAUUUUUGUUCUCCGGCAUUGUACAGUUAGUAAUUAAAAUUUAAAUGCCAUUACUGAUGGUUUUUUUCAUACCCUAAGAAUAAGAAUGUGUCCGUACAUCUGUUCUUGGUAAGGAAGAGAAAACCAUUUGUCCAUCUCUGACGCAGAUGGAUUCUGUCUGUCGUAACCUCGAGCCAAAAAUACCCAACCCUGGGGUCUGCAGUGGGUAUGGCCAAUUGCGUUCUAUUUAACAAAAAUUCUCCAAGUAUUUCGUGCAGAUAUCUUGAGAAUUUAGGCAUCCUGAAACUCUAUUUAUACAAGACUUUGGAAUAAUACAGCAUACCUAAAACUUGGUGGUACCGAAAGGAAAGAACUUGUGGAAGAAAUUUCCUCUGUGCAUUCUGUUCCUUUCAACCUAAGCAAUAUGGGUGUGUGAGUGUGUGAGAUUUACAGUACCAGAAAUUUCCACCAUGUUCCCUGCAGUGUUUAUAUUCUUUUAAAAUGCUAGGUUUUAUCAUUUUAAUAGUAGACAACCUGGGACGGUUCUGAGUAUUUUACUGCUUUUUUUGUGCAUAGAAGGGUAUGGUAGGGUAUUUUUUCUUUUCUUUCUUUUUUUUUUUGCGUUAAUUCACUAAUCCUCUCAUUUUUUGUUCCAAAUAAAGUGACUAGGAUUUUUGUAUAGUAUUCAAUUGAAGGAAAUGGAAACUUUUUUUUCCCCUCCCCAGAGACUUAUGGAGAUUAUAUAUAUAUAUAUAUACAUACACACAUAUGCACACACACACGUAGAUAAACACAUGGAGACAGGAUAUAUUAAUGUAUAUUAGCUGUGACAGUUUUGUGCAGGACUUAGACUAGUAGUUCUCAUUGCAUUGGUAUCACUCUGUCAAAUGUAUUUUGAAGUGCCUUUUUUGGUGAUUAUUAAUGCUGGUCUGUUGAGCUCUGGCAUGAUUCGGUGGUUAGCCUUUCUAUAUUUUUUCUCUAAAAAUAUGUAUUUGAAUUCUUGAAUCAUCUGCUACAGCAAAGCCCAGCUUCCUAGUUGGGUCUCUUGCUCACUAGAACAGGCUCAUCGUGUGUAUUGUUCACGUCAUCACAGAGCAGAUGAAGAUCAGCCAGCCAGGAGCAUCUCAGAAAAAAAACGGUUUUUCCUACUAGCAUGUACGAUUCUGAUAAUGACAGUGUGAUUACCAACAAGUACAGUUUUUAUUCCUUUUUCUUAAUUGCUUUGAAGAAUAAAAGCGUUCCUAUUAUGAUAUGUCUGAUUUACAUUAAUGGUGCAACCAGCGAUGCCCUGUUGACUGGCUUUCAGCCGAUUGUGACACAUGGUCUGUGGUUGAGAGAACACACCUGGAUUGGCACUUCCCUGAACAUGUAACUGCAAACAGUUGUCACCCACGUACAGCCAGUCAAGUUUGGUCAAGAAUACAGUAACUUAUGCAUAGACUGGGCUCAUUAGUGGCUGCUGUCCACUGGUCACUCAUCAGAACUCCUACUUGGGGCUCGACCCGUUUCCAAGUCUCAUCCCAUUCCCUAAAUCCUUCGGGUCAGUCCCCUGAGGGAGAGGUCUGGGGCCUGAGCUGCCAAGGCCCUGGUGUGCCCACCUAGUUGCCCCCGGAUAUGACGUGGACUCAUUUCACCGGCACCAGCGGCAGCAAGUCGACCUGUUAUUUUUUCUCACUCAUAUACUUUAUUUCACCUGUGAGCACUGAGGAUUUAAUUCAGUGGUUCUCAAAUCUAGUGCGUACCAGAAUCCCUGGAAGGCUUUUUCAACGCAGUUUGAUGGACCCUGCCCUCAAGUUUCUGAUUCGGUGUGAGGUGGGGCUGAGAAUUUGCAUUUCUAACAGCUUCCCAAGUGAUUCUGGCACCUGUCCAGGGACCAUACCUCGAGAACCACUACUGUAUUUGCACCUACACCAUGGGCACAGCGAAUACAGGAUGUUUUUGUCUUGUUUGUAAAAUGGCCAUCCACCUUUGGAGCAGAAGAAUGGGUAAGUAAGUGACUUCUGGACAUCUAGCCAUCAGGGAAGUUAAUGAAAUUUCACUUCAGUGAGCAGCAGUCAAAAAAGUAAAUCAUUUCAUAACAUCCAUCCUGUUUCUUCCUUGGAUUUGAGUGCUUGGGAGUAUACAGUGAUGCCCAUUAAAGGAUUUUUUUAACUUAGAAGUACACUAAAAUUGCAUGAAGCAAAUCUUAUUGGGCAAUCAUUCACUUACUAGUUGUAAAUGGAAAAGCCAAAAAUAGUGGGGAUUUUUUCUAUAUAAGAACUUUUUUUUAAGUAAUUAAGAUGUUUGCAUUUUGUUUUAAAGUAUUGGUUUUAAUAUUAUAAGAACAAUACAAAACAAGAAAAGUCCAAAAGUCAUUAAGAUUCAUGUGGGUUUAAACGUCUCUGAUUUGGGAAUUAUUUAGUGCAGUGCAGGAAAGGACCUCUGUAUCCACCUUUAAGUGAGAUUUAAUGUUGCCUCUAGAUCAGUAGUGUUAAUUUUUGUAAAAAGAGUUACAGGUUUUCUUUGUUUUAACUGUGUAGCACAUGUCAAAUGGCAAAGAUGUGUAAGUCUAGGAGUAGCUACUUAAAUAGCAGCUGAUAACUGUUGCAUUAACACCCACUGUUUUUUAACCCUUUAUAAGGAAGGGCAAGAUCUUUGAAGCACAGGAAAUUAAUAUCAUAUACCUUUUUAAAAAAUUAUUUUGGCCUCUUUUACAAUUCCAUUAAUAGCUUGGGCUUUUGGCAUUGAGCUGAGAUACCAUUAAAACAAGAAUGGACUGUACACCAGUGUUCUGUGCAGACCUUGUCAUAAUAGCCAAAAGGUGGAAGCAACCUAAAUGUCCAUCAGCAGGUGAAUGGAUAAACAAAAGGUGGUAUAUACAUACAAUGGAAUAUUACUUAGCCGUAAAGAGAAAUCCUGAUGCAUGCCACAGCAGGGAUGGAUUUUGAAAACACCAUGCUGAGUGAAAUAAUUCAGUCGUGAAAAAACAAAUACUAUGUGAUCUCACUUAUAUGAAAUAAGCAAAUAUGUAGAAACCAAAGAUUAUUAGUGGUUAUCACGGGUAGGAGAGAGGGGGAAAGGAGGAGUUUUUGCUUAGAGGGCAUUGAGUUUGUGUUAAUGGUGGAAUAUUUGAAAAGGAUAACAAGGAUGGUUGCACCUCUUGAAGGGUGUAAUCAAUGUCACUGAAGUGUACAUGUAGAAAUUGUUGAGUUGGCUUAUGUUUUGUGUAUAUUUUCACCACACGCAUAAAAAAAGACCUAAGCCUCUAAGUUAUGAAGGUUAAAUGAGAAUGUGUGAAAAAAAUUUUCCCAUAGUGCCUAGUAUACAGUUAAAGACUCAAUAUAAUGGUUGCCAUAAUUAUCGUCAUUAUUGUUUAGGGUUUUGUCUAGCAUGUGUUGGAAACCUCUAUUUUGUUUGAAUAUACAGCAGGAGAAUACAGUGUACAGACAGACAAUGGGCUGUGGAGCUGGUACCCAGCAGCUGUGAAACUCUGGGCAAUUAUCCUCUUUGUGCCUCAACUUCUUUAUCUGAAAAAUGGGAGUAAUAAUAAUACCUACCUAAUAGGAUUAAAUGAGUUAAUAUGUAUAAGGUGCUUAGAACUGGGUCAGGCACGUAGUCAUCACUCAAUAAUUGCCCUCUGUUAGGGUUGCUAUGAGUCGGAAUCGACUCGACGGCAACGGGUUUGGUUUUUUUUGUUUUUGUUUUUUUUUUUUUGGUUAUUACUAAAAAGGAAGAAGAAGAGGAAGACUGGAAAGAUUUUGGCAUUUCAUUUUCACAUUGACAGAAAGAUGACACAGGUGCUAAAGAAAUCUUGUUUCAAAAUGUGGGUAGGCUGAACAUGUUGGGUGUUUGGCCUGCUUAGUGUAUCAUUCCAAACCAACAAUUUAAAAAAGAAUAGCAGAGAAAUUAAUCCAGAGGGUGGGGAAAUGAUAGCAGUAGAUUUUUGCUUUCUGGAAGGACUUUCCCCAAUCAAAUGCUCAAGUAGGUAAUGUGGCAAGGGAUCCUCUCACAAUUCUUUUCCAUCGCCUGUGAGCUGACACAAGGUAAUAGCUACAUGUGAUGUUAGCGAAAGCCAUAGGUGAUGUUCAAGGGAGGAAGAGGGCAAAACUAAGAAAGAAUAGUACUGACUUCAGCCAGAGGUCAGCGCACUACAACCCGCAGGCAAAUCCAGCCCACUGCCUGUGUUUGUUUUUCUUAUUGUGGUAAAAAUAACAAAACAAUGGACAAUCCAACAAUUUUUACAUGUACAGUUCAAAGACAUUGGUUACGUUCAUCGUGUCAUGCAACCACUACCACUAUUCUUUUCUAAAUUUUCCCACCAGCAUUAACA